GAAAUUGUGUUUGUGUGUGAGGGCAAAAAGGAAAUCUAGCUUAUCGGCGAGCAAUUUUGGGUGAAAAUGAUAAUUAGACUGCAAAUCCCGACCCCGCCAAAACCUGAAAAUACCCAAAUUAACCUCCUUCCCACCACCGCCGACUCCGGCUUCAAAUUCCGGCAGAAGGUGCUUUACCUCCAAUCCCUGAGAGUAAAUCCGGCAAAAGCCCUCCAUAAAAACCCUAAUAUCCGUUCUGCCCCUAUUUCCACUCUCCUCUCGGUCACUCAAUGCCUCUCAUCGAUGGGCGUCGAGCUCGCCGCGGCCGGCCGCAUUCUCGACAUGUAUCCGGAGCUCCUCACCGCCGAUGCUUACGAGGACAUAUACCCAAUUCUCGAUUUUCUCAUCAACGUUGUCCGAAUUCCGUUCCCCGAUAUCAGGAAGGCAAUAAUUCGGUGCCCUAGGCUCCUUGUUUCCGAUCCGGAUACCCAAUUGAGACCCGCGUUUCAGUUCCUGACCGAAUUGGGGUUUUCCGGGCCCCAUAGAUUAACCGCUCAGAACACGGUGUUGCUGGUUUCGAGCGUUGAGCUUACUUUGAUUCCCAAGAUAGAAUUUUUGGUGGGGCUAGGGUUUGAGUAUGAUCAAGUGAGGAAUAUGGUGCUGAGGUCGCCGGGGCUGUUGACAUUUAGUGUUGAGAAUAAUUACGUGCCGAAGGUGGAGUAUUUCUUGAAGGAAAUGAAUGGGGAUUUGGAGGAGAUUAAGCGGUUCCCGCAGUAUUUUUCAUUUAGUUUGGAGAAGAAGAUUAAGCCGCGCCAUAGGCUUUUGAUGGAGCAUGGAUUUUCUAUGGCAUUAUCAGAUAUGUUGAAGGUUAGUGAUGGUGAGUUCAAUGCGCGCUUGAUUGAGAGGCGACUGCGGAUGCUGGACUCGAGAUCAUCCUAGCUUUAUACUUGGUGCAAAGGAUUUCUUGGAUGUUGGUUUUAAGCUUCGGAUGACUAAAAGCACCAUUGCAGCUCGACAUUCCUCUUUCCCUCUUUCAAUUCAUUCAGCUAAGCCCCCUAUAAGCUGUGAAAUUGCCUAGUCAAUACUAUAAUUGGCAUCUUUCACAAUUCUGUUGGAAAAGUAUUUUUUCCCCAUAUAUAAUAUUAUAGUACAUGUAUUAACAGCUCCAUAAAUUUUUGCAAGUGUGAUGUGUUCGAAAAUAAGGUCAUAUAACAGAAUGCAGAAAGCUAUAUUGCAAUAAAAGAGACAGGCUUUUUACCUGCACAAGAUGUUUAAUCACUUCUGCUGCAUGACUCAGAUUUUCAGUUACUGUGGGCAUUGUGCCAAACCUCUCCUCUCUCUGAAAGUCUGGUAACUCAGAAGAUUGAUAAUUGAUCUCAUUGAAAUUCAACACAUAUUAUAUUAUUCAUUAUUGAAUAUACUAGUAAAUGGGAUUCAGCCAUGGUAAGUUGUUGAUUUUACUCCCUCCCUCCCCUCCAUCUCAUGACCAAUGUUUACUUUCCUUUUUGGAUUGUCUAAUAAAGUGUCUCCUUUUUAAAAAUGAAAAGUGGGUUCCAUUACUUUUUUAUCUUUUUACUCUUUAAUCAUCCUUGUUUUGGGAGGGAGUGAGUAUGUUGAUGGUCUCAAUAAGUGAAGCACAGAAUAGAAAUAAUAAUGAGUUCUCACAGCUUCAAUAAUAAGAGCUUAGGUUGAGUGUUGCAGUUUUGUUACCAGCCUGUCAUCCAACUGCUGCAGACUAAUAUCUCCUCAGAUAAUCUUUCCAGCUUUUUUUGUAAAUUUUGUUGC